ACAGCAGCUUCCUCUAUGACAACCACUGCUGCUCCAACGACCACUACAACUCCAGAACCUAUUACGACAACCACUGCAGCUCCUGCUACAACAACUACAACUUCAGCUCCUACGACAACCACAACAACAGCACCUACAACAACUGUAGCUCCCACGACAACUGCAGCUCCUACAACAGCUUUAGCAUCUACGACAACCACUGCAGCCCUAACAACAACAACUGCUGCUCCUACGACCACUACAGCUCCAGAACCUAUUACGACAACCUCUGCAGCUUCUGCUACAACAACUACACCCUUGGCUCCUACGACAACCACGACAACAGCACCUCCAACAUCUGUAGCUCCCACGAUAACUGCAGCUCCUACAACAGCUUUAGCAUCUACUUCAACCACUGCAGCCCUAACUGCAACAACUGCAGCUCCUACGACCACUGCAACUCCACAACCUACUACAACAACUACAACUUCAGCUCCUGCGACAACCACAACAACAGCACCUACUACAACACCUGCUGUUCCUACAACUGUAGCUCCCACGACCACUCCACCUGCUGUACUUACUACAACAAUCACAACUACAGCUCCUGAUACAACAACUUUAACUUCUACGUCAACCACAGCAUCUGCCUCUACGACAACCACUGCAGCUCUAAAUACAACUACUGCUGCUCCAACGACCACUACAACUCCAGAACCUAUUACGACAACCACUGCAGCUUCAGCUACAACAACUACAACUUCAGCUCCUACGACAACCACAACAACAGCACCUACUACAACACCUGCAGUUCCUACAAAUGUAGCUCCCACGACCACUCCACCUGCUGUACUUACUACAACAAUCACAACUACAUCUCCUGAUACAACAACUGUAAUUUCUACGACAACCACUGCAGCUCUAACUACAACAACUGCUGCUCCAACGACCACUACAACUCCAGAACCUAUUACGACAACCACUGCAGCUCCUGCUACAACAACUACAACUUCAGCUCCUACGACAACCACAACAACAGCACCUACAACAACUGUAGCUCCCAUGACAACUGCAGCUCCUACAACAGCUUUAGCAUCUACGACAACCACUGCAGCCCUAACUACAACAACUGCUGCUCCUACGAGCACUGCAACUCCACAACCUACUACAACAACCACUACAACAACUACAACUUCAGCUCCUACGACAACCACAACAACAGCACCUACUACAACACCUGCAGUUCCUACAAAUGUAGCUCCCACGACCACUCCACCUGCUGUACUUACUACAACAAUCACAACUACAUCUCCUGAUACAACAACUGUAAUUUCUACGACAACCACUGCAGCUCUAACUACAACAACUGCUGCUCCAACGACCACU